AUAGAAGGUCAACUUCAAAAUGGCUGCGCACAGCUUGUUGAGGUCCAUCUGUCUUUCUGCCGCUGGAUUUCGGUCACUCACUGCAAGUUACAACAGACAGAUUUUACAGAAAGUCGCCAAAGCACCGACAUGGUCUGUGCUUGGAACUACUCAAACAAGGGGGAUAAGGGAGGUUGUGGAGAACAAAGAUGGCAAGACGACAACGAUUGAAGGGAAAUUAGUCGAUAUUAAAUCAGAGCUUGAACCCCCAAAUCCCUCUGGACAGUGCCCAAUCUGCAGGUGGAAUCUGAAACACAAGUAUAAUUACACUGAUGUGUUGCUGCUCAGCCAGUUUAUCAGGUCUGAUGGAGGGAUGCUGCCUCGCCGCAUUACAGGGCUGUGCAAUGAGGAGCACAGGAAAAUUGAAGUCUGUGUGAAAAUGUCUCACAGAGCUGGCCUGCUGCCAGACCACAAGCCGGCAUUGCCAGAAGGUCAUGUUCCAAAGAAACACAACCCCCAACUAAACAGAUAUUUAACUCGCUGGUCUAUUGACUCUGUGAAGCCUAUUUGGAAGAAGGGUCUGAAGUGGUGUAAGGAGCGAAUGCCAGUAGGACAUUACAGACUGCAAGACAACAUUAAAUAUGGGAAGAAGCAUUCCUAUUUAAAACACUGAGCCAUAUGAAAUGAGGUUUGAGGAGUUGAGUCCUUAUGAUAUAUGGUGUGAAACUUUUCUUUAAAUCUUGUAAAGUCUUUAUUAUAUAGAGUCUACAGAAAUGAAAGCAGUUAAGGAAACAUGUUGUGAAAUGUUUGAAAUGGAAGCAGUUAAGGAAACAUGUUGUGAAGUGUUUAAUGUCCAGACAAUAAUCUAUUUGGAAACUUGUGUUAAAAAUGUAGUUUGGUUUAUUAUUAAAAUAUUUUCACUUCAAAAUAUUUUCCAUCAGAAGUAGGCAUUUUAGCUUCUCCUAUUAUUAUUAUUGUACACAUUUUCCAUAUGGGGCUCAUUGAAUAAAUAAAAACACUCAGUGGCUGUGUCUGUGUUUUAUUGUAUUACCUGCUGGGAUGCGCUUAUUAGAAUUUGACCCAAGUGUUAAGGUUUGUGUUGCUUAUUUAAAAAGGGCCAGUAUUUUAUUUAAAUACUUUAACUGGUGUAUUUUAUUAGCAGAUGUGAUUGCUUAAAGUUGUUAAUUUUCUUUUUUGUUUUUUUGUUUAAUACAUUUAAGACCACCUACCAUUUGUAUUUUCUAAACAGACAAGUGUAAUCAAAUGUUAUGUGUAAAUUCACAAGUGAUUUUGAUGUGGUUUUAUAAAUGGAAGUCCCUGCCAAUUAGAAAACAGUGGUCAUUCAAGUGUGUAUGGAUGUGACAGUUUACUUGAGAAUGUCCCUCCAAAUUUGAUGAAACACAAAAUGAUUUAACAGUGAGUUUUUUCCUUUUUUGCAAAAAACUCUGAGUGAUAAUUAGUCCCAAAUGAACUUUUGAUGAAGUUAUAAAAGUAACUUUAAUUAAUUAAAUGGCAGGUGCUUUUACUACAAGCCUGUCUCAAUGUUUGUCUCUAAAUGUAUUGUUUCUUUCAGUAUUUUUAUCAGCACUAUUUACACAAUAGACCCUGAAGAGUGAUUUACCACCUGGAAAGGCCUGCCUCAUGCAGUUGAAUUUCCAGAGCCCAAGAAAAAUGGCUUUGUUUUUAUAUUAAAACAAUAAAAAUAGAAAAAUA